AUGCUUAGACUGGGGCUUAAGUUGAGGCUGAGGCUGAGCCCCAGCCUAAGCGUUACAGUGCUGCUGAGCGUGCGCACGUUCGCCGUUGCCGCCAAAGACUACACUGGUACCGUUUCGAAAUUCUCUCUGGCAGCGUUGAAGCAACAUUUAUAUGGAUACAUUUAUAUCAAAGCACAAGUGUCGUUUGAGGGGCACAACUGCAAGCAUACGCACGCUCAAAAGCAUUAUGGCUGA